AUGUCCGAUUGCAAAACACAAAGGGAAGUUUCAUCGUAUUAUAACUAUAAGGACUUGAUUAAUUACAGGAAGAAAGGGUUGGAUAUGUUAUCUGAGUUGGAUAAACCUGUGGUAGAUGAUACGAUUGGGAUUGAUGAAAAGGAUUUAGAUGAUGAAGAUAUUGAAGCAAGUGGUUACAAAAUUAUUGGUCAAGAAGCAGAAACCGAGACUCCUGACCUAAAAAAGGUUGUUGCUAAAUUAUCAAAAGUGUAUCCAAAGGAUACAGAAGCUCCUGCUGGUGGUGUUGAUGACAUGAAAAAACCUUAUUAUUUACAUGAGCCAGGAGUCUUGCAGAACAUAAGAAGCAAAUAUGAACUCAAUGAAAUUGAUACUUACACUGACAAUAUUCUAAUUGCAAUCAAUCUGUUCCAAAAGUUACCUCAUUCGUAUGAUAGUCAUAUGAUGGAUGAAUACAAAGGAGCACCUUUUGUAGAACUGAGUCCCCAUGUUUUUGUAGUUGCUGAUGUCUCUUACCGUUCAUUCUUGUUUUAUGAAUAA